AUGGACCAAGUCCAGGCGGCCUUCUGGGCAGCACCUCCGGUGACUCGCACAAUCACAGCUCUGACUCUGAUUCAGUCUGUUCUAGUCUAUGGCGGCGUGCUCAGUGGAUUUUAUGUUGUCUUCUGGCCGUCUCGGAUUUUCAAAUUGCUUCCGGAGAUCUGGCGUUUAGCUACUCCAUUCCUACUAACCGGUCCGAAGCUCAGCUUCUUCUUUGACCUCUAUUUCAUGUACCACUAUGGCAGUCAGCUGGAGACCAACUCUGCUCGGUUUAGCCAGCCCGGAGAUUUCUUUAUCUACCUGGUAUUUGUAGCAUUCACCAUCAUGCUUACUGCAGGCUACCUCCUUGGCGGGAUGGUUUUUACUUCCGCGUUGACCCUGGCUUUCAUCUACACCUUUGCCCAGGAAAACCGGGGCAGAAAGGCCAUGCUGUGGUUCAUUGAGAUUCCCAUGGAGUACCUCCCAUGGGCGAUGCUACUGAUCAACCUGGUCAUGAAUGGAUGGCCUUCAGCCGUGAGUGAAGGCACGGGCAUUGUGGCUGCCCAUCUCUAUGACUUCCUCACCCGAAUCUACCCAACUUUUGGCGGUGGCCGAAACUACCUGGUGACGCCCGUGGUCGUGCAGCGCUUUUUCUCUCGCCACACUCCCAAUGCUAAUAACCGCGGAUAUGGUACUGCUUUCCAAGCAUCAGCAUCUUCCCAGCCCUCUCAGCCAUCAUCUCGGGGCUGGACCUCCUCUAUCCAGAACCCAUGGGGUGGUCGAGGCGCGGGCCGAAGACUUGGUGGCGAUUGA